AAGAUCAGAAGUCAUUCAAAACCAGAACAGUGAUUGAAUUAGACACGAUGAAUUUCCUUGGAGUUGUGGUUUUAGUUUGUGCGAUUUCUGCAGUUUCGGCUCAUCCCGGAUCUUUGUCAGAGGAUGUGAUAAUGUUCAAGGACACGUGCCUGAAGGAGACCAACGUAACUCCUGAUCAACUUCUCAAGUUCCGCAAUGACGAUCCGUCGGUUACGAAGCCCGUUGGCUGCUACGCGGAUUGCUUGAGCAGGAAACUCGGAUUCCUCAAGGAGGACAACAGUUUCGAUGCUGAGGGAACCAUCAAAAUGCUCACGACUGAAAUUCCGAAGGAAAAAGUCGACGCUUUCCUCAAGAAAUGCGCCAACAAAAUUGGAAAGGAGAAUUGCGAGGUUUCUCUCACUUGGUUGAAAUGCGAUGAGGAAAUCGUUAAAAAGGUCCUUGCAUAAUUUGACGAAUCCUAA